UUGCUAUCGUGCCCGCAACACGUCGCUCACGAUACUCAGCUUCUGGAGAGCGCUUAAUCAUCCUACGCUAUGGACUCUUCAGCUUUCUCAGACCUGGAGGUCAUGACGGAAAGCACCAUGAAAUGGCUGUCCAAUUUUGCGCUUGACCUCGGUCUGACACGGUUUCCCGAACAUCUACACACCUUCUUAUCCUCGUUAUUCUUCUUCCUCGCGAUACACCAAGCGUUCGCACCACUUAUGAGUACAUGGCUGUCGUGCAGUUUUCGCAAGAUGAAUAGACGGGCGAGGAACAACUGGUCAAUUCAUGUCGUUUCGCAAGUUCAUGCUUUAAUAAUCGUACCACUAUCUCUGCGCGCCUUGAACUCUCCGGCAUUGGACAAAGACAGAGUCUCUGGAUGGGAUGAUGACAAAUCUGGCUUGUUGCAAGCAAUUGCUAGCGCUUACUUCGUUUGGGAUACCAUAGAUGCUAUUAUAAACUAUACCGACUUUGGGUUCAUUGUACACGGAUUGGCAUGCUCCCUUAUUUAUCUACUAUCGUUCAAACCUUUCCUGUCCUACUAUGCUGCAAGAUGUUUACUUUGGGAAUCCAGCACUAUCUUCUUGAACAUCCAUUGGUUCCUGGAUAAAACCGACCGCACUGGAAGUACUUUCCAGCUAAUCAAUGGAAUCCUUCUUCUAGUAACGUUCUUUGGAAUGCGUCUUGUCUAUGGAGCUUACGUCUCUUACAACUUUUUCUUCACCUUGUAUGACGUGCGGGACAAGGUCUCUCCGGUAUAUCUACUCAUAUACGGUGUGGGAAACAUUGUUUUACAAGGUCUGAAUGUAUACUGGUUUAUGAAAAUGAUCAGCGCUCUGCAGAAGCGAUUCUCGCCGAAUUCGUCAGUAGACCGCAAGGCUACCCAAGUCAACAGGAAACUAGAUGCAAAGAAAGAAUAAAAGCUGGUGUCUGAGAUAGAGUUUAUUUCUGGCUUCAUUAGCUAUGACUGUUGUUUGUAUACUAAUGUUAUAUCUAUAGAAAGUCCUUUUCAUGCCCUUUUGAA